AUGAACGCGCACGCUGCGUCUCAAACUGCCGAACACAGUCCUCACAGUCGCCGCCCGAUCGCGCGGCCUCGCUACCGCGUUUCCGCAGUAGCGGCGGCAGCCGCAAUUGAGGUCGUGAGGUGGCGUGUCCUUGAAGCUAUCGCCACUCCGUUGCUGCAAGUGCUGCUGAGGCCGAGUGCUCGAAGUUUGUGCGAGCAAAGGCCAGCACUGGGAGGGACCUUGCCUCUUAGCUCCUCGCUUCCUGCACUUCGUUAUCUGCGCGUGCUCCUCCCACCUCCCCGGGCGGGCUCUUCUAGCCGACCCGCCACCCUAUCUCUCCCCUUCCCUCUCCCUGCCUAUGCACCUCCUAUCCCUGCCUAUGCACCUCCUAUCCCUGCCUAUGCAUCUCCUUUCCCUACCUAUGCAUCUCCUUUCCCUACCUAUGCAUCUCUCGUCCUUGCCUUCACAUCACCCCUCCAUGCCCUCGCAACCAUCUCUCCCGCCUCCCCUACCUGCCUUCAAAACCCUUCUUUCACCUGCCAUAACUUUUCAUCCACUCCCAUCCCCUUCAAGCCCCUCCCAUCCCAUUCCCCUUCCAGUCCCUCCCAUCCCAUUUCAAACCCUUCCAUUCCCCUUCCAGUCCCUCCCAUCCCAUUUCAAACCCUUCCAUUCCCCUUCCAGUCCCUCCCAUCCCAUUUCAAACCCUUCCAUUCCCCUUCCAGUCCCUCCCAUCCCAUUUCAAACCCUUCCAUUCCCCUUCCAGUCCCUCCCAUCCCAUUUCAAACCCUUUCAUUCCCCUUCCAGCCCCUCCCAUCCCAUCCCCUUACAGCCCCUCCCAUCCCCUUCCAGCCCCUCCCAUCCUUUGCAGGUGACGAGGAUAGGGUUGAAAAUGAUGAGGAUGAAUGUGACAUUGAGGGGUGCGAAAGAGAACGGGAAUUGCCCAUCGAGAUAGAUUUUGCAAUGAGGGCGUGA